GAUAGACCAAAUUAUAAGCAAUUUGUAUGCCAAUGAACCAGCUAGCAGAUGAAGAUGAUUCACCUGGCGAUUGACAGAUGGAUUUCGCCCAGUGUAUGAUGAAUAGAAAACCACGUGAAGCGACCCUGACAUUGAUCGUAAAUCAGCCCCCCGCCGCCAUGGCGAAUUCAACAGCUGCUUUCGGACGAAACGAGCCCCCAAAUAAAAUGUGGAGAGCGCUCUAUUGAUAAGUCUGUAUCACUCUCGCUGUCAGCUGAUUCGCCGCUGGAGAUCUCGGGCGUCAGAAAAUAUAAUAUAAUGCCCGCUCCGGGGCAGAAGAAGAAACGGCAAAAGCGCCAGCGUUUCGCGUUCGCGCCGCAUUUGAACUUCAAACGCGAGAAAAGUAGCACAGUGCGGAUAGAUACGCGGAUGCGUGGCGAUUAAACGGCGAAGCGUGGAAAAUAACAAAUUUUGAUUAUGUUUUUAACGUAAGAGCGACUGGCAAAGCCGAAACGAUUCGAUCUGACAGACCAUCUGCAGAAGCCGAUCGUGACAAUGGAAUAUUCUGCAUGAAAACAACUCGCAACUCGGAUAAACAGUCUUGAAAUAAAUAUUGAAAAAUACCUGGAAAUUAACAUGGCAAGCAGAGUGUUUCAAAGAGGGGCGGCGAAAUGUUUUUGGCUGUUUUGCCUGCUCUCCAUAAGACUGAGCCUCGGAGUCACGGACGAGGGCCAUGAGACGAGCACUCUGCCGGCCACCAUCGCCACCAGAAGCAUUCCCAGGCCCGCCGCUCCGAGCAGCUGCUUGGACUGGUCAUCUGCUCCGGAGGCGGCGGCCGGAAACUGCUCGAGGCCCUCCCGAAAUGGACCUCUAAAGUGCUAUGGCGGCAUGAACAACCUGGCGGCUCUGAACCACUCUGGAAAGUUGAGCAGAGGGCAGCCCGCGCUGGAGAUGCUCCUCUGCGGCUGGCCCAAGGAUGGCUUCAACCAUCUGAGGGACCUCCAAAAGCUGCCCCGCCUUCGAUCCCUGACCAUCGAAUACAGCGGCUUCACCGAGUUCAAGUUCGACUUCCCUGAAAUGUCGGAUCUGCAGACCAUCAACAUAUCGUGGACGAAUCUCACAUACAUCUCAUCCCGGACCUUCAAGCGAGUGCAUCCCCUCAAGGUUUUGGACCUGCGAUGGAACCAGCUCAUCCAACUGGAUGGUCCCUUGCUGCUACCCCGCAAUUUCGAGCAACUCUAUCUGGCGGGGAAUCCGUGGAACUGCACGAGGAACUUCAAGUGGAUGCUCUUGCAGCCGGAGAAGGGGAGACUGGUGGUGGAUCGGGAUGAGCUUAUAUGCAUGGAUCGGAAGUACAAGGAGCGCCAGAUGCUCAUAGUGAUGCAUUAUAAAUUGGAGCUGAAGAAGCAGUGCCAGUCCCACGAGGAUCUGAGGAACUGCAGCUGCCUGAUGCACCACAUCUUGCCCAAGACUCACAUUCCCCUCUAUACGGUCAACUGCUCCCAUCUGCAGUUCCAUCGCCUGCCUGCGUUUUUGCCAGAAAACACCACCACCCUAGUCAUCAAUGAUAAUAUGAUCACCGACAUAAACCCUCUCCGGGACAAUCCGCACUACCGCCACGUGGUGGACAUGCAGCUGGAGAACAACCAGAUCUCCAACGUGGACAACCUGGAGGACACCUUUUGGCUGCAGAACUUCCGGCUGCUCAACCUGCGCGGCAACAAUCUCCGCAAGCUGCACGUCUACGCCUUCGACAAUGCUCUCGACGAAAACGAGAACGCCAACCUGCUGCUGCUCAGCCGGAAUCCCUGGCACUGCACCUGCAAGUUUGGCAGCCGGAUGCGAGAGCUGCUGACCAAGUACAAGGAUCUCGUGCGGGACGCCUGGAACGUGAGCUGCACCUACCGCCUGGACGACGACCAGCUGCUGGCCAAGGUGCUGACCCUCAGCAGGCAGGAGAUGUGCAACAUUAGCGUGGAGAGUGACUCCCACAUCCACCCCAUCGACUGGCUGAACGGAGUCCUGGCCAGCCUCAUUCUCCUCAUCCUGGGCAAGCUUGCCUACGAUUACUACUACUACAAGUAUUACGGUCGAGUUCCUUGGAUUGUGAUGAAAAUGCCUUAGUCUUAGCCUUAAUCUUAGAUCGCAGAGAGUUAAACUCGAAAGUAUUU